AUGGAUGUCAAAGCGAGUUUGGGCCAAAGUGAGUACUUACAAUAUCAUCGGUAUUUUCUUUCUCAAUCUAUUAUACGAGCGAAACAUAAUAAAAUCACAUUACAUAGACUAUAUAAAUCGAAGCGCAAAAAGCAAAAUUUGAAAGGGAAAAUAUUAUCGAGGGCAGUGCAUUGUAACUAUUGUGACAAUACUAUCGCCUCUUUAAAUUUUGUCAUCUUUAUUUAUACACUAAUCUAAUUUCAACCUAAACGGCACGAUUUAUGUUCUAACUUUGUAUGUAACGUGAUUUUUUCUAGGUCUCGCUUGUUAGUUAGACUAAUGCAAUGAUGACAAAUAAAUACGUGUCUCUAACCAAUAAUAAUUUCUAGCUUUUAGCUUUUGUUUAAUAUUUUUAGUAACACCUAGAACAUUUUGAGUAAAAAAACAAAUUUGUUUCAUAUUUCACUGUUAUCAUGUACAUAAUUUGUUGGUUGUUAUUUUUUAUGCAUGUAAGUUAUUUUACUAAUUUAGCUAUUUUUCUUUGAUUUAAAAAUAAUAUGACAAAAAGCAUCCAAAAAAGAGCCGUAUUUAGUUCUUAUCUUCGACCUUAUUGAAAAUUCUGUUCGCUCCUAAUAACUUGGUUGUUUUUAAUAUCGUGUCAGUCACAUAGUAUUGCAACAUAAUCGGACAAUUUUAUUUUGUAUAUUUUCCAAUUUGUAAUACUAUUUAUAUCGCUUAUUUGGUAACUUUAAGUGCAUAUUAAAGCACUACAAAUUAACUUUUUUAGUGCUAUUUCUUCCACGCCUUGUUACUGACGUUUGCAUAUAUUAUAUUAAUACCAACUAUGGGACAAGUAUAGAAGACUAUUGAAUUCGAAAAAGCGGUAUAUUUACAAAUGAUUUAAAAUGUUUAAUACCUACUAUUAUUAUUCUUACCAUAACUCGACGUUUCGUAUGUUUCAUAGAUGUGUUAAAAAUAAUUUGUUUACGGGUGUAUUUUUAAGAAUAUUCAAUUUUUGUAUUAUAAUAAUUGAAAACCUGAAAAAAAAAAUAAUAAUAAGGAUAAGAUUAAUAUUGAUGAUAUGAAUAUGCAUUAUUAUAUUUAUACAGAUAUGUAUAUGUAUUAUUUUUUUUACUAAAAACCCCGAAACUUUUUCUCGAGUUCAACCAGAAACGUUUGGACAAAUCAAAAAUAAUACUUUAUCACAGCUUUCUUGUAUAAUUUAUUAUAGUAAAUUUUGGAUGUAGUCGGAGCCAAGAACAAUGAUAUUAAUUUUUAAAUUCCAUACCUAAUUUUCUUCACAAUAAGAAAAAUUCGAAAAAAAUAAAAAAAAAAACUUCGGAAGAAUUGACGGGGUAUUUUAAUACCGAUGCUACGUCGAUUUUUAUCAAAAUCGAUUUUUUUGUCUGUGUUACGAUAGUUCAGUGAAAUAUAAUCGUACAUCACAUGUUAAUCGAUACCUGACAUUUUCCUCAAAUUAUGUUAGCGUUCUUCGGGCAUGAAAUAACUUCAAAAUUUUAAUGGCUUUAGGUUUUUAAAUUAUUUAUAGCUACGUACUUGAAAUUAUCAUUUUUUUAGGGAAAUGUCCAAAUUACACAAAGGCGGUGUUCAUCAACACCAUUCUACAUCCGAGAGUUUUCACGGGACUCACCGGGACCUUACAUUUUAAUAGCACCACUCAUUUUUUUGACAAGAAUUUGUUGGCUUACAGAAUGUUCAGUUCAAUAAACCCGAACAGAAACAAAUUCGAUUUUGGUUUUACAAGUACCAAAAUAAACAACGCUCCAGAAAAAUCCGGCGAGUAAGAUUCGACCAAAGUAAUAAUGUUAUUAAUUUUAUUUUAAUUUAUUUAAUUUUAUUAAAGUCGGUGAUGAUCACUGGAAUAAUAACUGUUGGCCAAAUUUAUAAUGUGGAUUUAAUUAAUCGAUGCGGAUACUUGAUCGAAAUAAUAAUAUAUUAUUGAAUUUUAUCUGUUUAUCUAAUCCUACUGUGCAAUUUUCUAUUCCAUAGACGUUACAGCGAUGUUUCAUGGAAACAUGUAAUAUUAUAAAUUGUGUUGCAUAGAUGUUACUGUAACAUUGCUGCAACUGCUAAUGUCCCGCUUUUGUAACUUUCAAUGGAAUGUUUAUGCAAUGUCGCUAAAUAAAUAUCCCAGUAAUAUUUAGCAUUAGUGUUAUAUGAAUGCUUCAAAAAAACAUUAUUUUAACAUUACCCACUGUGUAAUAUCACAUAAUUCCAUACAUAUGCAUGCGAUGUUACAGUAUGUUACGAUGUUUCCCCGUUUCCACCCGACCACCUCUAUCCCUAUCAAAGUUAACCAUUAUUGCGCGAUGUAUACAAAUGUCAAAUUUCGUGAAAAUAUUAAUAAUAUAAUAGUGUAGUAAUAGUAAUAGUAACAAUAAUAAUGGUGUUAAUUAUUAAAUGUUUUCUGGUUCGUGAUUAUUAAAUUAUCAUCCAUGUCACCAAAAUAAUUUAUAAAUCGACAAAUAAUAUUUAAUUUUUAAUUCAGCUGCUACUCUUUAGAGUAGGAAUUUUUAAAAAUACUUCUCUAGUGUAUGCCUACGAUAUAAAAUUAUCCAUUGUAAAAAUAUCAAGUCUCUAAUCACAGCAGUUUAAGCAGUGUUGAAUCAACCAGUCAGGACAAAGCCGCAUACACAGGAACUAAUAUACUUACUUAUAAAUAUAUACGUAUAAUAUAUAUAGAUAAUAUUAAUAUACGAAAAACAAUGGUCUACUUCUACUAGACCAAAAGGACAAAAGCACACUACUAUUAGAAUUAACUACAGUUUAUUAAAAGUAAUAAAACUUAGAUUAGAACAUAAAAAAUAUGUGCUAGUAAGUAGGUGCUAGGCAAUUUUUUUUAUUAUUUUGGUUUAAUACACAAUUGUCUCAUGGCCUCUAACGUUAUUGAUUGGGCCACACAGUGGCCCAAUAACAAAAUUCAAAUUUGAAAAAUACCCAUUUAGAAAACAGAUUGGAAAUAAAUCUUGGUCAAGAAUAUUGUACAUUUUUUUUGAUAAGUAGCUAGACUAUACCUAUGUAUAUUUUGGUAAGUAAUAUUUGAGUAAAAUCAUAAUACUACCAAUAAUUUCAAUUAUAAUGUAAAUUACAAAAAAAUAUAUUCCUAUGUAUAAUAAUUAUAAUUAUUUAUUAUAUUAUAUUAACUAAUAAUAAUUAUUAGUUAACAAUUUUUUUUUAAAAAAUUUCCUUUUGUUCAAACGCUUGAAUUCUUCUACGUUAUAUUUGGAUAUAAAUUAUUUUUUACUGGUAUGUUUCAGUCACAGCGGUCACAGUGGUAGUGGUAAGGUGUCACACUGGAAUGGGUCAACACUAGAAAUGGAAAUGGAUCAAAUGGGCAAAAUCUCGAGUAAAGUACGUUACAACGUGUUCGGUAAUCUGUGGACGCAAAUAAAUACCAAUGUGCUGGCGAAUUGGUCGAAAACCCAGAUUAUCCCCGCUACCGGGCUUGUCGAGUGGGUCGACGACAAAUUCAAUAUACAGGUGUCGACCAAUAAAACCACGAAUGAAUCAAACGAGCGUGAAUUUAAGAUGAAUUUCAUGAGGCAGUUGUCUGACCACUGGAUGUUGGGUGGCCAGUGCACAUUCGCCGCCGAACAAAAGCCGUCGCUGUGUUGGUUACCCAGGGUAUUAAAAGGUUACGAGGGCAUGCUAGGAUAUCAAAAAGGUCCGAUGACUUACGUAGCCACCCUGGACCAUUCCCUGUCCGCAGCUUUGCGGGUUAUGGCACGCAUUAAUUCCAAUAUAACAGCCUGUGUGGAAGUUAAGCACGAUCUGCGUGAAAAUAAGUCAAAAUCUAUGUGGUCACACCGAAUCGUCAUGACCGACAAAGUCGAAGUCAAAGGUGAUAACGUAUAUUACAUAGAAACUCGAUUUCCCUAGACGUGUUUAAUCUGCCUCUUUGAUCGCAUUUAUCCCAUACGCAAAUAUAUAUUCCAUUUCAUCUAUUUCACUCCUAUUCACGAGGCACAUCUCCCUAUAACAAUUAUCUUAUCUAACCAAUUUUUUAGUACAAUUCACAUGACUUUUCUCGUAUUUUCCCUAUAUAUAUUUUUAUCUAUAGUAACAUUUGACUUUUUUUCUACCAUUAAUUCAUACUUCUCCUAAACUACCUCUUACAUAAUAUUUUUAAUUGCGCAACCGAGUCAAUUCAUUCCUCGAGAAACCCGUCGAGAUCCGAAUCAACAAAAAACUAUAAUUCUGGAAAUAUAUCUCUCGGAAGAAGAAACCCAGAAAUCGAUAAAUAUGAGCAAAACGGAAAUAAGGGAUAGAAUUUUGGGAAUUUUCUGAGGAUAGAGGAAUCAAGGACUCGAAUGAAAUUUAUAUACACCGUUGGGUCUCUAUGACCUCUAAAAAGCUAAUACUGAAUACUAGAAUAUGAUAUUGUAAUCGGUUUUUAAAAUUUUAUUUUUUCAAUUCUCAUUUCACACAAAACGACCUUUUCAGAGAAUAUUUUAUAGAGCACCUACAGCAUGCCCCCCAUACGAAACUCACCGAAAAUUAGAUUUAGAUUUGGCAAUAGUAAUUUAUAUUUUAUUAAAUGUAUACCACGGUGAUAGUAUUUUUAUUUUUAAGUUGUAUUCUAGUUCAAAAUUAAUGUUGUAAAGAUCGUAAUCAAAACUAUGGAUGGACGAAAAAUAAAACUGAAAGCAUUGUAUGGUCUAUAAAUAUGUGGUAGUGGUUAGUAACAGUGGCGGAUUUUAAGCUGUAAACUGGGACUACAGAUACACGACCGUAACUUAGAAAAAUGUUGAGAGUGGGUGACUAUUAUAUACACUAUACAGUCAUACACAUAUAUAUUUUAACGUUUAACAUACACCAUUGAAAAUUCCUUUCUCCUUAGGUAUGGUCAUGAAUACUUACUUACUCGUUCAACAAUUUUGAAAAUAAAACAUUUCCAAACGAAGAUAUAAUGAUUCACAACGCCACAACGUUCCCUCCUCCCUCUAAAAUAAAAUCCAAAUUAUUUCUUAUUAUUUACAAAACCUAAUUAACUCGUUUCAAGCCCCUAAAGAAAAUGUUUUCCGUGUGUUAUUAUUAUUAUUAACACAGUGUAUCCUAUAUAUUAUACGCAGGUCAAAUAGAUACGGACGGAACGAUCACCGGAAGCGUCUUCUGGAAUUUCAUGAAAAAUUUCACGGUCAGUCUCAGUACGAAAUUGAAUCGCUAUAUGAACGAUUUCGGAAUGGGAGUAGAACUUAGUUAUACGGCUAAUUAA